CAGACUCUCUGCACAUUGCAGUUUUCAGCAGGCUUUCUGCUCUUGUAUAAUCUUGUAAUAACUUGUUGCACUAUAGUUGUAAUGCACUGUAGUCCAUGUCUACUACCCUCCCCAAAUCGGACAGCAUGGAAUCAUCUUUGGAUGUGAGGAAUGGAUCCAUUCCAUCUCCAGAAGUAGAUUUGGAGUUUCCUAUGUUGGGGAUCACAGAUUUGAGGAUGACAGCUCAGUAGCCAGAAUACUGUCGUCAAGAUGUCUCAGAACCCUUCCUCUCUGGACUGGUCCAUUCAGAGCACACUGUCAUCUCUUUUUCCGCCAUUUGAGGCUACCGCUCCUACUGUUCUCAGCCAACUCUUUCGCAUCAUUGAGGAGCGUUACCAUGGAGAUGCACUGCAGUGCCUGCUGAACUUCCUCAUCCCAGCCAAACACAUCCUAGAGUGUGUGCAACAAGCUGCGUGUGCUACAUACUCUGAUGUCCUGUUCCGCUGUGAAGGCUGGCCGCUGUGCCUGAGAGAUCGCGUGGUGAUCCAACUCGCCCCCAUCAACCCGUUACUACUCCGACCAGGAGAUUUCUACCUGCAGGUGGAACCUUUUGGAGAUCAGUCAGCCCGAAUUGUACUCAAAAGCCUCCUUGUGCAGGAUGACCUCCAGGUGCAGGAGAAUCUCUGCUCCAGGGUGCUUGAAGGUCCAGUGGUCGAGGGGAUACCCCUACCCGAGACGUCCUACCCUUGCAUCUUCACUGAAUCUUGGUUAAAGGAAAUCAACGUGGGGCGUCAUGGUAAUCCGCUAGGUCAGUGUGUGCUUUCUUCAGACCAGGGGGUUGUGAAGGUACCUUGGGGUGAAGUUGCCAACCCAGAAUUCCUUGACAGACCCAAAACCACUAUCUGUUCAGAAACACAGACAUGCUCAACCACAACUCUCAGUGUGGAAGAACUUCAGACUAAGAUGUCGAGGAACAAAACACAGCCACAGAUGCCUGCAGAACUCUUACCACUUGAGAUGGAAACUAGCUUUCCAGCAAAUGAUGGCAUGGCUGUUUCUGUUCAGCUGGUGGAUAUUGGGACCAGACUGGUCAAGGUUGAUCAAGGACAUCCACACAUCAACAAUUUUGCAGGAAAACCGGUUGGAUGGGUCUCUCCCAACACCUGGGACAGCAGGCACAACCAAGAGCAAGAAGGAGAUUAUGUGGAUCUGUUGGAGCUUAUGAAGGACAAAGAGACAUUAGGCCUCAAGAAAAUAGCAAUGCCCACAAAUCCACCAAGCUUCAAGAUAGUCAGAACAGCUCAGCCAGCACCACAAAACAUCAUCAACUUCUGUGGUGAGGACUUUAGAGUUUUGGAUGAGAACUGCAACCCUUGCUUGCCAAACAAGCUGCUCUCGGAGGGCAUACAAAACAAACCAGAAUCCAAUUGCGGGUAUCAGCAUUCGUACAUGGCAGCUCUCAGAAACCCUGUGAAUUUUGAGAGAGCAAGCAUGCUCCCUGCCUUGGAUGAAACUAGGCCAGAAGUUGGGGACAUUAAGCCAAGUAGUGAGGAAUAUGGACUUGGCCUCGGACUUAAACUUUCGAGUUGCACAUUUGGCCAGACUCCAAACCAAACAGACAGAAACUCAAUACAAUCCUAUGAGAAUUCUGAGCCAAAAUUCUUCCAGAACUCAACCCAUCCAAGUCAGAGCAUACCUCAUGACUGUUGUUCAAUGGAAAAGUCUCUUGACCAGCAUAUGACACAGCUGAGCCCCAACAUGUUCCAAGCAGGACAACAAUACAAGUCAUUCCUUGCUGGGCAACAUGAUCUUCAUCAGACUAUACUAGGAAUUAAGGUGUUACCCAACAAAGGACACUAUUGUUUUAAUGACUACAUAAGACAAGAUCAGCUGCGGACUAGUGGCAAGAAGCAUACCAAAACCCAACACUUACCCAAAAUGGGACUCAGGGCUUUACCUGACCACAGCGGUUACAGACAAGAUGCUAAUCUGUGUUUGUGGAGAUUCAAUCCAAUUCAGCAUCCACAAAACCAGUUAACACAGACCUCUGAACAAACACCCCAACUAUUUCAGUCCCAAUGCAGUCAGAUUCUGUUGCAAAAUGAGAAUAGUACUUUGGAUUCCAGAAUCCUCUGUGAUGACAGACAGCAUGAGAGAGGCCCUGGUUCACCUGUGCAAAUGUUGAAAGUACCAGGUAAAAGCAAGUAUAAAUCACGCUCUUCAUCUUCUGUCUCAGAAACAGCCAGAGAGUGUCUACAGUCACACAAACUGACUAACAGAAGCCACAGUGAAAACUGUCCAGAGACCAUCCCCACCUUGACUGCCAUUCAAGAAAUAAAACACACAAAUAAUUUGGUGUCCCCUAAAUUAAACAGACGACAAGAAGCAAGAAAAGCCUUCUCAUCUGGAAAAGCUGAAACUCCAUCGCCUCCUGUUGUUAAUGGAGUCGAAUUCCAGACAGAUCAGCUCUUAAUGGGUCAGUGUGAGAAUGGAGUGCAGGUGAAUCUACUGUCCCAGGACUCCACUAUCAAGAGUCUUCUCCAGCUGGGCAUUAUCAGUCUGCCAGGCAAUCGUGACAGAGCUGGUCGAGCUGUGGUUGAGGUGUAUGGGGGCAGAAAAUGCUGGGCGUCCUCUCAACUCUCUCCUCUAGAUCUCUGUAGACUACUGCUCUACCUGCACUCCAUACCCAGGAUGGAGGUACGAGAGCUGGGACUGACCAUUGUGAUUGACAGCAGGAAGUGCCCUCUGCCAUCUGUGUUCUAUAAGUCUUUGCUCAUGGUUCAGGAGCAGGCUCUUCAUGCAGUGCACACUAUCGUAAUGCUUAUUGAUAAAGAUGUAAAUCCUCGACCGGAAAGACAUCCCGGACUGCAGAUAGAUGUCAUGAUGUCACUGAAAGCUCUUCAUAAAAUGGUUGAUGCACUGCACUUGACCUCUGAACUUGGCGGAACCUUCCCCUACAGUCACAGUGACUGGCUACAAUUUCACCAGAAAUUGUCCCUCUUUGAACUCGAUCUACAAGCUGCAUCUUCUUUACUACAAAUAGCAAUCAGAAGACUUGAUGUUAAAAAAAUGACCACGGCAAAGGAAGUGAAGUCCUGCAUCCAGGAGCAGCAGAGCUCCAUGAAAAUGGUGCUCGAGGACAUGCGAUUGGUUUCUCUCCAGAGAGAGGGCGGGGCAAUUCUUGCCAGAAUGAGGAAGGAGGAGUCUCGGUUCACUCAGUCUGAAGACUACAGGGACUCUUUAGAGUCUGUGUCGUGUCUUUAUAACAAGGUUGAAGAGGCCAUUCACAUGCUGGUGAUGAAAUCCAACCAGUCACUGCAACACUUCGAACAUGUUCUGCUGUUGAGAGAGACAGAGGACCAACUUUACACUAUCCAACAGUGGUGUGAUACAGAGGAGCAGUCGUGGCAGAAAGACAAAGAUGACACACAGAAAACUCUUCUGACAAUAGAGCAAAGUCUACAGGAUAUUCAAUCAGUUCUGAUUCAAGCAAAGGAGAAAAAAGAAAAAGGGAUGUUCUUGAUAAAGGAAGUGGAGAGAAAAAGCAAAGGAACACAUUUUCCUGAAACUGACUCUUUUUGUCUUUACAUCACCGCUUUCAAAACCAACAUGACUGGCUUUCUCUUGAAAGCUGAGGAACGUAAAUGUGAUCUGGAAACAUCUGUUGAUCUAUAUCAAUUCUGUGAACAGGCAUCAUCUCUGGUUAAAGAGUGUAUGGAGUAUUUAGAACGAGUAAAGAAUGUGAACUCUCCAAUGCAUGCCAGCUUGAGCACACUGAAGGCUUUUGAGGAGCGAUUCAGAGACUUCACACCCCAACACUUUGAAGAGAAGAGUAAUGCACUUCUCAAGAGGCACCCAGACGGGAUCUGGAUGUGGAAUGCAGUCUGGGCUCAGUGCCGAGACAUCAGACAGAGGCUUUCGGAGAUACUGCAGGCCUCUCAUAGAAAUGAGACACCACUGGGAUCUUCACAAAAGGAAACCAUGGUGCAAGACGAAGCCGACUUAGAAGGCGGAAUUACCACUAACCAUAUAGACAUGGACACUGAUCCCAAAACAUACCCUGUUGGUGGUAAUACGAAGAACCAAAAUAGUCAUGUUGGACAAAGCGAUAAUGAGACAUUGAUGCAACUCCAAUUUAAAUCUGAGACUAGAGCAAAACAAGGGAAUACAUCUUCAGGGAGCCCAAACUCAGACCCAACAAUGACCGAAAACUCUGACAAAGAAACUACACUGAUUGAUCAUUAUGUUCAUCAAGGUCCAUCAAAAGAUCUUCAACAAUCAUGUGAGCUCAAAGAGCAAAUUCCGCCCCAAGUGUGCUUGAAUAAAAGCAGUCGCAAUGUUUCCACCUCACACAAUAGCCAAACCGUGAAAUUAGGGAAGUGUCUUCAAACCUACUCUCACAGUGACAGUAAUCUCGGAAAAGCCGGUCGGGUCAACGAGCACGACCGCUUACCAUAUAUUCAAACCCUUGUCCGCUCGCAUAGUGAGGGAUCUUUCGCUUUAUCCAACAGGUAUCAUGUUUCUGUGAGCAAAACCAAAGCUAACGUCAAGCUCAUGGUCCAUCUGAACAACCAAACAUCUGUAGAUUCCUGUCAAGAAGGUUUCUCACUGAGAUCUUCAAGCCCAGUCAGUGAUUUGGAUAGAGCAUCAUGGAAUGGACAGAGAUCUAAACUGUCUCACCAGUACAGCUUCAGUUCUAGCGCAUCUGGACUGAGCCAAAGCGAGAUUAACAAGAAGACAUACAGUGACACCGAAUUGGGCAACAAGGCCUUGACAUCUCCAGGCAGAUCGCAAGAUGAGUCGACCACUAGGCCUGUCUUUUCAGUGGACAACAGCAGUACUUUACUUAAACUCCAGUGCAUCAUAGAGGAGUUGCUCCAAACGGAGAGGGAGUAUGUAAAAGUGUUGGGGUACGUGGUGGAGCAAUACAUCCCAGAGUUGGAGCGUCCUGAUGUUCCUCAGGAACUCAGGGGACAGAGAGGAAGCAUCUUUGGAAAUCUGGAGAAACUGCGAGACUUCCAUGAGCAUCACUUUCUGAAAGAACUGGAGCUCUGCCUGAAGGAGCCCUUCUGUGUCGGACGCUGUUUCUUAAAACAUAAAGAACAAUUUGGCCUGUACGCUUUAUACAGCAAGAACAAACCGUGCUCUGAGAAACUGCUCAUUGAACAUGGCAAAGAGUUCUUUAAGCAGAAACAGCAGUUGUUGGGUGAUAAGAUGGAUCUGUCAUCCUAUCUUCUGAAACCCGUCCAGCGCAUCACUAAAUACAGUCUGCUGCUGCAGGAUAUGCUGCGUGAAUGCGAGUCUGGACCACACACGGGCCGCGAGCGAGUUGAGAUACAGACCUCACUCGAGAUCAUCCAGUUUCAGCUUCGGCACGGCAACAAUCUGCUCGCCAUGGAAGACAUUCAGGAGUGUGAUGUGAAUCUGAAGGAACAAGGGCAGCUCAUUCGUCAGGAUGAGUUCCUGUUGACAUUCAGGAAGAAGAAAUUUUACCGUCACAUUUUUCUCUUCCAAGAUCUCAUACUCUUCAGCAAGACCAGGAGAACUGAAGUUGGGAAUGACACGUACAUCUACAAACAAUCGUUCAAGACAUCAGACAUCGGUAUGACACAUAAUUUUGGUGACAGCGGUCUGUGUUUUGAGAUCUGGUUUCGAAGAAGGAAGUCACAGGAUACAUAUGUACUUCAGGCACAAAGUCGAGAAGUGAAAGAAAACUGGGCCAAAGACCUGCAGAGAAUUCUGUGGGAACAAGCCAUUCACAACAGAGAAGUUUGUAUGCAGGAGAGAGUGUUCAUGGGAAUCGGACACAAACCUUUCAUGGAUAUCCAACCUAGUGAGAUGGCCAUCAAUGACCGAGCGAUCAACUGUGCACUGAGCAGACGAGGUUUUCCUGUCCUCCGGUUAAAUUCUGUUGGCUCGGCCAGCUGUGCAUCAUCCUCCUGCAGCCAUUCGUCUUCCUCCUCUGGGUGGGGUUCCCUGCCUCCUGUGGGCAAUCUGAUUGGUCAAAGCAGUGGAGAUCUGGUACGGUUCAGACAUGGAACCUCGGGAAUCCUGGAGGAAGAUGAUUUAGACCAUGAGAGUGGAAACCACAGUGUACUUGUUGAGAGUUCAGAAUCAUCUGGAGAAAGUGUAAGUUGCUUCAGCAGUUCUGGCCACAGCUGCCAAUCUGUGAUUGGUGGAGGUGCAGAACACGUCCCAUCUGAGGUGCCCGUCACUGUUGUGACAAAACUAUGUGCCCACAAGCAGGAGAGCAAAGUUAAACCCACUAACCCAACAAACCAAGCAAGGAACCAGCCACGCUCCAAAGUUCAAGGGAAAACCAUAAUUGGAAAGUCAACUGAAUUGUAGUUCAUCAAGUAUGUUUGUUCUACUAAAUCUUCAAACGUUGUUUUAUGUUAUCAUACAUCAUGCCAAUGGACCACUAAACCUGUGAUACUGUAAAUAAAGCUUGUUUUAUGUAUUUA